AUGUUAUCGAUAUCAAACAGUCAAAGUGAACCAUCAGCACUUUUAUCAAAUGCACGAUUAACUAUUGCAACAUUAAUUCAACGACCAAGUACUGUUACAGCAUCAAAUGCUUUCGAUGAAUUUUCUAUAUUAGAUCAUUUAAUUGAUGUUAGUAAUGAUGUUGAUCGUUUCGAAGAUGGUGAAAAUCGUAAAUUUGUCAAUAUUGCACAAUUAAUAACAGCAUCAACAUGUAUCUAUUCUCAUCGUGUUGAUGCACUUUAUAAAUUAAUAAAUUCAUUUCAAACGUCAUCAUCAUCAGUGACAUCACCAGAUAAACAUGACGAUAGUUUUACCGAAGACAAUGAACAAUCUGAAUCAACUAUUAUUCAUCAACAAGAAAAAAAUGAAUUAAAAAAAUCUUGUCAAGAAAAAAAGAAAAAAUUAAAAGAUAAUAAUCAUUCAUUUAUAUGUAAUGAUCUCAAUAAAAUAACUUUGAAUUCAUCGAAAAAUUUCUUUAUUGAUCGAACAUCAUUAUUUGAUCUUAAACUCUUUCAACAAUAUGUACCUAUUGGAAAUAAACAAUUCUGGAUUAAUGAUAAUCAACCGAUGAUAUUCGAUCUUCUUUUUGAUCAUCAAAUAUUCGAUAUUAAAACUGAAGAUGAAGAAAGACAAAAUCAUUGCCAUCCACAACAAGAACCUGAACGUUUAAUUGAUGCACUUAAUCGAUUAUCACCAAUUCAACAUAUACCAACAUUUGAUACUAAUGACGAUGAUGAUAUUCCAUUACCUAUAUCUGCAUAUGAUGAUCAAGAAUCAUCAUGGAAUAAUGAAAAUACAGUUAAUCAUACACAAUUCAUUGAAAAGAAAAAAAUCAAAUAG